GUUCAAACCCCAUUUUCCACUCAUUUCAUUUCCAACAUCUCCUUCCACAUACAAACAAAUUCAAAAACCCCAUCUUCCAUCUCCGGCCUUCUUCCUCAUCUUCCCCACCACUCCUCAGACCGGCAAGACGACUUUGCCUCCGCCGCGGCCAAACCCUCCUCGACUCCCAGCAGGAAAAGCUUCGUCGCCGCUGCCCUCCGCGCCCCGUCCUUCAAGGUGGACACCUACUUCGCCUCCGAGCUCAAACACUCCGAGAAGAAGGCCCUCUCGGACCUCAAGAUCGGCCUCGCCUCCCUCGCCCCCGCCGCCUCCAUGUGGGGCAUCCCCCUCCUCUCCGGCGACGACCGCGCCGACGUCAUCCUCCUCAAGUUCCUCCGCGCCGGGACUUCAACGUCCCUGACGCCCUCCACAUGCUGGCGAAAUGCCUGGCGUGGAGGAAGGAGUUCGGCGCUGACGAGGUGGCAGAUGAAGAGCUGGCCGGGUUCGAGGAACUCCAAGGGGUUGUGGCCUAGAUGAACGGCUUGGUUCGGCCACCCGGUCUGCUACAACGCACACGGCUUGUUCAAAGACAAAUAAAUGUACCGCAGAUUCUUUGGAGGAGACGGGGAAGAAGACGGAGAGGAGAAGCUCAAGAGAUUCCUGAGAUGGAGGGUUCAAGUUCUUGAGAGAGGGAUAAAGCUUCUCCAUUUCAAACCGGGUGGGGUCAAUUCUCUGGUCCAAGUCACCGAUCUUAAGGACAUGCCCAAGAGAGAGCUUAGGGUCGCCUCUAAUCACAUCCUCUCCCUUUUCCAGGACAACUACCCUGAACUGGUCGCCCGCAAGGUGUUCAUCAAUGUCCCAUGGUACUUCAUUAUGGUGUACUCAAUGUUCAGUCCAUUCAUGACGCAGAGGACGAAGAGCAAGUUCCAAUAUGGGUUCAUAAUGGCUAUCAGUUUUGUGUGUCAAGAAUUGAGAAUGGAGGUGGAGCAGGAAAUCAUCAAACCUUGGGAAUGAAACGGGUAAAACUGUU